GAGCGGAGUCUCUGUCUGCAGCACCUCCGUGUUCCCUUCUCCACCACCGCCGAUUAUCACCUUACAACCACCACCCACUUUCUCUCUCUUUCUCUCUCUAUUCUCCCCUCAACCGAAAGCUUCUUCCUUUCUCUCUCUCUCUCUCUCUCUCUCUCUCUUCUUCUUCUUCUUCUUGGUCUUCACUUUCCUGCUCUGAGUGGGCCCCAAUCAGGUGCGGCGCCCCCCGCCGACCCCUUCUGAUAUGCAUUCGCUCUGAUAUGAUUCACAGUCUUGGUGCGCACCGCCUCCUGUACCGCUCCCGCAUUGCCUACUGCGUCAAAACCGGCCUCAUCGAUCACGCCGUCCAACUGUUCGACGAAAUGUCGCACUCGGAUUGCCGCGUCUUCAGCGUCGACUACAACCGCUUCAUCGGUGUCUUGGCCCGCCAUUCCCGUCUCGAUUUGGCCGAGCAUUAUUACCACAAGAUGGCCCCACAGGGAUUCUCCUUAUACCCGUUUACUUACUCUAGGUUCAUUUCCGCUUUGUGUGCCGUUAAAAACUUUCUUCUCGUCGAGAAGCUUCUAGAAGACAUGGAUAAGCUUGGUUGUAUUCCUGAUAUUUGGGCUUUUAAUAUUUAUUUGAAUGUUUUGUGUGGUGAACAUCGAGUGCAGUUGGCUUUGGAAGUGUUUCGUAGAAUGGUUGAGAGAGGAAGAGAGCCUGAUGUUGUUACUUAUACAAUACUUAUUGAUGGAUUGUGUAAAGCUUGGAAAUUCGAUGCCGCGGUUGAAGCGUGGUGUGGUAUGAUUAAGAAAGGUUUUGUGCCGGAUACCAUUGCCUGCACGGCGCUUGUCGUCGGUUUGUGUGAGGGCGGGAAGGUUGACUUAGCUUAUGAGCUUACAGUUGGUGCGUUGAAAGGUAGGGUUAAGUUUAACAAUUUGAUAUAUAACUCGCUCAUUAGUGGGUUCUGUCGAGCAGGUAGGAUUGAUAAGGCGCAGGUGAUCAAGGAUUUCAUGAAGAGGGACGGGUGUGAGCCGGAUUUGGUGACGUACAAUGUGUUGUUGAUUUAUUGUUGUGACAAGUUGAUGUUGGACGAGGCGAAUAAGUUGAUUAAUACAAUGGAGAGGAUCGGAAUGAAACCCGAUUCAUAUAGCUAUAACAAACUUCUCAAGGGACUUUGCAGAGCUCAUAGGCCGGACAAGGCUUAUUUGCUGAUGGUUGAUAGUAUGGAGUCCAAGGGAUUGGCUAAUGUCGUUUCGUAUAAUACCAUCAUCGGCGCAUUUUGUAAGUUACUACGUGUUAGAAGGGCUUACCAGCUUUUUGAGGAAAUGAGGCAGAAGGGGAUUGAACCCGAUGUGGUAACAUUCACAAUUCUUAUCAAAGCGUUUCUUAGCGUAGGUAGUUCUGAUGUGGCCAAGAGGCUACUUGAUCAGAUGACUGGAAUGGGUCUAUUGCCCGACUGUUUAUUCUACACUAUCAUAGUUGAUCAUCUGUGUAAGGCAGGGAAGAUUGGGAUGGCACAUAGCGUUUUCAGUGACAUGGUUGAAAGAGGAAUCACCCCUGAUGUGAUUUCAUACAAUGCCAUUAUAAAUGGACUUUGCAAAGCUUUUAGAGUGAGCGAAGCCGUGCAUCUAUAUGAGGAAAUGCAGGCUAGAGGAUUAUGUCCUGAUGAAGUGACUUUCAAAUUGAUAAUUGGUGGUCUCAUAAAGGAAAACAAGCUUCCAUUGGCUUGUAGAGUAUGGGAUCAGAUGAUGGAGAAAGGGUUUACUCUUGAACCGGCUCUUUCCGAGACUCUAAUUAAUGCCAUUAAUUCAAAGGAUUAAAAUGUUGUGUACCUACAAUGUGGUGCUAAGUUUUACUGCAGAUUAAGGGCGCAUUUACGAACCGAAAGGAAAAAUUUGACGAAGAAGAAGAAAAGGGGAGGGAGUCAAACAUUUGAUUCGAGUUUAUACUUACAUAUUCGUAAUAUGUGGCGACAUGAAUGCGAAAAAAGGAAACACCCCUCCCAUUCUCUCUCCUUUAAUGAUAUGUAAAUGCGCCCGGAAAGUGUUUUCGAAUGUAUGCUCUGAGCAAAAACAAGAAUGGUAUGCUCUGGAUUCUAACUAGAAAGCCUUAUUUACGCUGAUCAUAGACCUUCCUCACCAUUGUUUUCAGAUUGACCAAUAAUGCUUCUGAAUCAUGCAGUCUCGGAAAGAUUGUUUUGCAGCUUUACCUAAAUUGUUUCCAAACACAGUUACUCUUGAUUCUUGUAUGAUUUGUCAUAUGAUUCUUUCGAAGUUGAGUACAUUCUUUCAACUUUAAUGUAACCGCUACUUGUAAAAAAUAGAUGUAAGAUUGUACUUUAACUUCUUGUUUUCCCCCCUUUAUAUGUUUGGCUUUAAGUGCUGCUAUUAUCCACUGAUGGCUGAAGAAUGCUGCUUCUGGGAUAUUAGAGAAUGAGGUUGAGCUUAGCAAGAUCAAAAGUCUCUUUCUUAUGAAAUUUUCACCUGGUCCCUUAACUCUCGUGGGAGAAAGCAAGUUAAAGGAAAUUAAGGACAUGGGUUUCCUCACAUUCACCAUAAUCCUGCUGAGUUCUGGAUUCCCUACAAACUUCAAAAUGAAGAUAAUCUUGAAGGUGGUCUUUUGGAUACAAAAUUUAACAUAGGAAUGAAUGUACGGCUAGAUCCCCUAAGAUGGGAUCGUCAUAGAUUUCGUACCGAUACCGAUUAUUCGAGCUUUUGGAUGAUGAUGUCCGGUGGAUUCGUCUCCAUGUCUCGGAUGGCAGGGGCAAGGCAACCUCAAAACAAAUGCUAUUCUGCGAUCCUGUGGCCCUUACUUAAGCUGGUCUACACCAGGAGGGGCAAACGGGGAAGAAAACAUAGAAUUAGGGGCAAAGGAGCAAAUUCUGAAAGUGGCUAAGGUGGCUGAUGUGGCAAAUUAUGCAGGUUCAGGGAGUAUUUGGGGUGUUAAGGGUCUGUUAGGGAGAGUGGAGGCCGUACUAUCAUCUGCUUUGUAUGUGUGUGCUGCCGUUGGUGGCUGGGAG